AUGACUAAUUACAUGCAAAACGAAAGGCUCAAGAAGUUGGACGCCAUCGAGAGUCAGUUGUGCCAAAUGAUGGCGAGUGCCUCCCAGGCCUUUCAGGAGCUCAGCAAAGACAAGCCCAGCAUUAAGAACGUCGAGACACAGACCAAUGCCUUCCUCAAGACACUGGAGGCGGUCGACGCAGACAUCUCCAAACAGAUCCAGUACUUGACACGUGUGUCGACAGGUCAGGCCCACGAGGGCUCCUCCUAUGCGUCCAUGAAAGUCAAUCACAUGGCGUGGCAUCGGUUGGAGCACUCGAGGCAACGGCUCAACGACUUGGACCGACUCCGACAUCAACACCAACUCCAACUGCAACAACACACUCAACACCACUCACUCGCACCACAACCACAGCCACCACAACAGCAGCAGCAGUGA